AUGUUGGCGAGCUCCGUCAUAUGCUUCCGUCUGGGUGCUUUAUCCCGCCUUUCGACCGCCGGUAGGCUCAAAUACGCCGAUCCGCGCAGCCUCCCAAGCUUUCCGUCCUCCGGUCUGAGCCCAGGCGGCGCAGCAGCCAGCGCGGCAGCAUCUCUUGGCUGGUUCACCCACAAGCCCGUUGAGACGUGGAAGCCGGACAAGGCGUCAUCGGCAUCGGCCGCCGCAGUUUUGGCCAAGGACUAUAAGAUGUCGCCGCUGUGGGAGCCCACCAUGGACGGAACGGGCACCAAGGCGGCCGUGCUGGCUGUCGGCUCUGCCAACACCGCGUACAGACAAUCGAGCGUCAAGAAGCCGUCGUACGACUCAUGGGGCAAUUCGGCCGCGACGCAGGCUUUCAGCGCCAACGCGAGGCGGCCAGACCCGGAGCCGGAGCCGGUCACGCUGACCACAUCUCACGGGAGCUCUGCCGCCACGCAGGCGUUCCAUGCGAGCCGACUGCAAUCGGCCAAAGCGGCCAGCUCACCGCCCGGCUCUCCCAGGGAGAAGUCUCUGGUGGCUGCUAGAGGAGCCAUGUCUCCCUCGAAGCUCGGCACACCUCGCUCGAGACUCCGGUCAUACUCCAAUCCUCAGGAAUCGUACUACCCCAACGCAACCAAGGCUUCGGCGAGUGCUCUGAAUGGGGCAUCCAUAGCUCAUCGUGCUGCGAUGAACAAGCCCGCAGAAGUCGAGGAUACUGGCGCCAUUCCAGUCACCACCAUGACCCGCAACAUGUUCACAUCACACCCCCUUAUUGGACCUGAAGCUGAUGAGCAGACCAACAAUGAGAGGAUUCACCAGUCAGCAGUCGAGAUGGCAAAGAAGAUGUACAGGCAGCAGCAGAGCCGGCGCGAGAGCGAUGGCCGGGACUCCGGAGCUGGAGAGACUUCGGCGAAUGGCUACGUCGACUUACAGGAAGCGGCAUACAGGCAAGCGCAGGAACGUCUCGCCAAGCUCCAGGAUGAGCACGAGAGAAAUCGACGAUACCAUGAAUACUACGGCGCAGAUAAGCCCCUGCGCCGCCGGUUUACCAUUGUCAACAAGCUGCGCCGUCGAUCAGCCAGUGACAGCGACAUGGAAGGUCGCGCUCGCUCCGAUUUGAUACGCCAGCAAAUGACCCUGUUCUCCUCCAGGCUUGACCAGGUGGACGAGGAGAAGCGCCAAAGAGAUCGAGAAGCUCUCUACACAGCUGCGCAGCGCAACGUCAAGGCCAGCCUGCAGGGAAUGGAUGAAAAGGUCUAUUUCGAUACUGGAAAGAUGAACCCCGCGGUUUUGGGUGACUGGCAGUUCAGAGCCCAGCAGGCUGCCCAGCUUCGGCACGACACAAGAACAGAAGGCGAUGGCAGGGUGGAUAUUGGAGGCGGAGUGUUCAUGGACGCGGAUGAAAUCGAUGCCAUCGCCGCCAGGAGAGUACGGCCCGUGCUAGAUGACAUCCACGAAAAGGCCGAGGCCGAACGGGAGCGUGUGGCGUCGGCUCGAAUGGAAGAAGAAGCAAACAAAGCCGAGGCCGAGAGGGAGAAGGCCCGCGAACGUGAGCUGAAAGAUCUUCAAAAGAAGGCCAAAGAAGAGGACAAGCAACAAGAAAAGGCCAGAAGGCAGCAAGAAAGGGAAGAGGAGAAACAUAGGAGAGAAGAAGAGAAGAUGGCCAAAGCCGAACAGAAGAAACUGGCCAAGGAGGAAAGGCGAAAGCCCAAGACGGAGCCGGAGGCGGCUACAGGUGCCUUUGAUCCAACAUUGCAGGGGGAGACGGCAGGAAGAGAGGCAGAUACGCAGAGCAGGCGAAUUUCCCACGUGCCAGAAGUUACUACUCCUCCCGCGCAGCAGGAGACUGCCGCAGACCUCACCGACAGCUCACCAAAGAAGUCACCCGAAACACCCACGUCACCGACGGCGCGAGUCAAGGGCUGGAUCAAGAACCGAUUCUCGCGGGGCAAGUCCCUCAGCGAGCCAGACGAGAAGAAGAAGAGCUUCGUUGGCGGCGCUGCGCUGAGGGAGCCCGGCCCGGGUGGCAGCACGGCCAGCCUGGACAACCGCUCGACCAGCAUCAGGGAGGUUACGCUUGCAGGGAGAGGAGCCCCAGAGACUGGGGGAGUCCCGGGGACUGCCGAUGUUCAUCCUCAUCUUUUGAACAGGGACUCUCGCGGCGUAAGCCCUGUCAGUUCGGGAAGCGGCAGAAGCAGUGAUAUCGAGAGCUUCGAGACGCCUCAGCCCAUUAUGGAUCAACCUCCGCGACAAGGGAACAGCCCCAUGCGGGACUCUCGGUUCAGAGAAAUGAUGGAUCAAUGA